GAAACAGGCAGGAGAAGGCAGUGCCAGGCAUCCCGGACCAGCAUGGUGUCUCUGCUGGAUAACAUAGUCAGACCUUCUGCUAUCGUCCUGCAGCUGUCUGUGCUGCUUGGUGUCAUCUUUGUGCUGCUGAAGGUGCUCCAGUUCUACCAGGAGAGGAAGAAACUCAUCRAAGCUCUGGAGGCAUUCCCUGGGCCCCCGAAACACUGGCUCCAUGGCCACAAUCACUUGAUACGUUCUGAAAACGUACUGCCUCAGUUAGUGUCAUGGGCAGAAGAAUAUCCCUAUGCCUUUCCCAGAUGGUUUGGGCCAGUCCUGCCUUCCCUAAUUGUCCACCAUCCUGAAUAUGCCAAAAGCAUACUGGGCCGAGCAGAUCCCAAGGCUAGCGUACCCUACAGAUUCGUGUUCCCCUGGAUUGGGAAGGGGCUGUUGGUCUUGGAAGGAAGCAAAUGGUUCCAGCACCGCAAGAUGAUCACCCCAGCCUUUCAUUACGAUGUUCUGAAAUCUUACGUGACCCUGAUGUCAGACUCAGUCAAAGUGAUGCUGGAUAAAUGGGACAAGAGGAUCACAGAGAGGAAGUCAGUGGAGCUCUUUCAAGAYGUCAGCUUGAUGACACUGGACAGCAUCCUGAAAUGUGCCUUCAGCUUUAAUUCCGACUGCCAGACUCAGAGCAACACCCACUAUUAUAUUAAAGCUGUUUAUGACCUGAGCUUCCUUGUGAGUGAUAGAAUCCGGACUUUUUCCAUCACGGAUGUCUUCUACGACCUGACUCGCAAAGGCCGUGAGUUCCAGGAUGCCUGCAAGCUGGCCCACACCCAYACAGAUAAGGUAAUACAAGAAAGAAAAGCACAGCUCUCCAAUGAGGAAGAACUUGACAAGAUCCAGAAGAAGAGGCACCUGGAUUUUCUGGACAUUCUUCUUUGUAGCAAGGAUGCAAAUGGAGUUGGACUGUCCGAUGAGGACCUGCGUGCUGAGGUGGACACYUUCAUGUUUGAGGGYCAYGAUACCACRGCCAGUGGCAUCUCCUGGCUCYUGUACUGCAUGUCACUGCACCCUGAGCACCAGCAGCGCUGCAGGGAGGAGAUCCAGGGCAUCCUGGGGGACAGGGACACCAUUGAGUGGGAGGACCUCGGGAAGAUGACCUACACCACCAUGUGCCUCAAGGAGAGCCUGCGCCUGUUCCCUCCGGUUCCUUCGGUGUCCCGACAGCUCUCCAAGCCCAUCACAUUUCCUGAUGGCCGCAGCUUGCCAGCAGGCUGCCUGGUUGCACUGAACAUAUUUGCCAUUCACAGGAACCGGGAUGUCUGGGAACACCCUGAGGUUUUUGAUCCCCUGAGGUUUUCUCCAGAGAACUCCACACAGAGGCACUCCCACGCUUUCCUGCCUUUCUCUGCUGGAUCCAGGAACUGCAUUGGGCAGCAGUUUGCCAUGAAYGAGAUGAAAGUGGCUCUGGCCUUGACUCUGCUGCGCUUCGAGCUCCUCCCAGACCCGUCCAAGCUUCCCAUCAUGAGACAGCAGAUCGUGCUCAGGUCCAGCAAUGGGAUUCACCUGCAGCUGAGGAGGAUCCACUGAUCCCACAGAGCACCAGGAGCUCUCCCAAGGGACACUCUCCARCCAGAGGAUUCAGAGGGGAGCACCAAACAGACCCACAAUGGUCCUCUCCUGCAUUAACCCCUGUCCUGCCGCUGUCCAGGGGGUUCACUGAGCCCACAAACACCAAACCCAGCAGGUCCAGGGCCCCUCCUGGCACGGGAGCAGCACUGCUCGGGGGUUCCAUGCCAUGGCUGUGGCUCAUCCUUCACCUCCACCSGCAUCCUCCAUGUCCUGCUCAUCUCCUCAUGUCCAACCUGCCCUCAAACAAUCCCUGACAGGAUUUCUGUCACAUGCCCAUGGCUUUGUCCUGUUGUCAGGUCCCCACCUGGGCUUGGCAGUGAACACACCCAGCACGGUUUGCAUGGAUGUGUAAAUCCUGGGCGCUGUCCCAGCWCAGGGUCCCUUCCCUGCCUGCAGCUGGGUGUGCCGGGCUGGGCAGGCUCCUCCAGCAGCCCCAUUGCAUCCCCACCACCACCCUACAAAUAAUCCCCAGGGCUGGCACUGCAUCCAUCAUUAUGGACAUAAACCCCUGCGGUUCUUUCCUGCCCCAGCCCUGAACUUCCUUGAGCUGAGAGUGCUCAGGAGCAGCACAGGAACGUGCCACACCUGGAGGAAGCGCUUGGCACACUGGAAACAGUGAUCAGCCUUGUUCUCCACCCUGAAAUGAGAAUAAAGCCUUGUGGGGAUGAUCUCCAAGCAUGGCUUGGGCUUCCUUUGCAUUUGGUGGCCCAGCAGGCCAGUGGCAAGGCUGUGCCCAAGGGUGCAGCCAUGUCAGUGUUUUGAUGAGCCACAAACGCUGUUU